UGAUUCAUUACUGCUAUAGUGUCAUUAUUAGUUUAGUAAAACAAAACUAUCACUAAGCUAAGCUUGCAAAAAUAAAUGUUUAAAAUUAUAAUAAAGUAGUUGAAGAAUAGUUUUUGUUAGAAUUUCAUUGAAAUGGCAUUAAGAAGAAUUAGAUCCAAACAAAAUAAAAUGGGUAGAGAAUUGGAGAGUAAAGUAAUAUUUAUAGAUGAUAAUAGUUUAAAUUUAUAUCCGGGAACAAAUUCAGAAGUUAUAUACAGAUGCGAUGAAUGCAAUUAUGAAAUUGAAAUUUUCAACGAAAAUUUAGUAUUAUCAUGGCAAAUGCACAUACAAGAAACGUAUCAUUUUGAAACACUUGAUCGUGAACGUGAAUUAUUGGAGCAAAUGCUUGAACGAGAACAAAAUGGAACAAAGUCUAAAGAAAAAAAUAAAAAAGGUAGACGUAAUCGUCGAAAUGGAAAAAGUACUGCCGAUGAUGAAUCCGAAGAGAGGUGGUCUAGACGACGAGUUUUAGUAUUAAAUGAAACUAACUAUUCAGAUGAAUAUAAAAAUUUAUCACAACCAAAAUUUUGUAAAAAUUCAGAUGUUCAUGAUAUUUUUGAUAUGUUUCCAUCUGUAGAAUUAAUAAAUAAAUGGGGACACGAGGAAGUAAUGAAAGCUGAAAAAGAGAAAUUAAAAGAUCAAUCGAAAAAGAUAGUUCUAGAAUCUUUAGAAAAUAUUAUAAAAGAAUUUUAUCCAAAAAAAUUUACAAUUAAAUUAUUUGGAUCUCGCGUAACUGGAUUAGCUACUGGAACAACUAAUGAUAUGGAUGUUUUUAUUGAUACAGAUGGUGAAUUAACGAACGACGAAAAUGCACAAGAUGAAUUUUUGUGUAAAUUAAAUAAAUUUUUUUUAAAUAAUUGCCAUGUGAUAAAUAUGAAAAAAAUAAAAAAAAAUAAAGAAAUAGCAAAAUAUUUCGAUGAAGUAGGAUAUCCAUUAUAUGGUGCUUGGGGUGCAGUAGUUUAUAUUAAAAAUACACGUACACCAAUAAUCAAAGCUAAAAAUAAGAAAUGUGAUAUGUCCUGUGAUAUUUCUGUUAAGAGCGGUUUAUCAGUAAUUAAUACUGAAUUAUUAAAGAGUUUAUUUCAUCAUCUGCCUAUAAUGCGACAAAUAAUAUUAAUUUUACGAUUAUGGUUUAAAAAUUGGCCAUGGUCAAAAAAAUUUACAAACUAUGCAAUUUCCUUAAUGACUUUAUUUUAUUUACAAAAUGAAAAGGUAUUGCCAUCAGUUCAUAAAAUAAAUCAAAAAUGCGUUAAAUUGAAAAAUGAAGCAGGAUGGCCCGUAUAUGAUUAUUCAACGCACGAGGAAUUUAAAAAGUUAAAAAUAAAUCAAGAACAAAUGUCGUUAACAGAACAUUUAUAUAAAUUUUUUAAAUUUUAUGCCAAAUUUAAUUUUGAAACAGAUGUGAUUUGUCCUUAUAUGGGACAUUCUGUAAAUCGGCUCAAUUUUCAAAAUGAUGGUUUAAGUUUACCUAUUGAAAUGGUGGAUUAUAAAAAUUUUGUUAGCAAUCCAAAUAAAGAAGAAUGCUUAUACGACACUCCGAUUGUAUUACAAGACCCAAUUGAGCAAUGCCACAACGUUACACGAAACAUACAAAAAUACGAGUUGCAAAAAUUCAAAACAAUGGCUGAACUAACAUGUUUGGUACUGGGUGACCGAGUUUUAAAGUCAGUUACACUAGAAUCAUAAAAUCAGUUAACUCUAAUGUUCGUUUAAAAUUAGAAAAUUGUUCUUGUUUUUUUAAUAAUUUUAUUGAAAA